UACACUGAUCAUUAAGGCCCUGAUGAUCAGUGAUGUCAUAUGACGUCCUCCCAUUCUAACCGCGCAUGCGCGGCUCCUGGAGCGUGCAUCACGGCGAUCAGCGAUCAUCAGAGCACUGAUGAUUAGUGUGCCCUGAUGAUCUGUGUAGCUCCAGCACCGUCACCUGUCAGUGUCCAUCAGUGCCAGCUCUCAGUGCUCAUCCAUGCCACCUGCCAGUGCCACAUCAGUGCCACAUUUCAGUGCCACAUAUCAGUGCCCAUCUGAGCUGCCUUUCAGUGUCACCCAUCAGUGCCAGUCAGUGCCACCUAUCAAUGCCAGUCAGUGCCACCCAUCAGUGCUGCCAAUCAGUGCCACCUAUCAGUGCCAGUCAGUGUCGCCUAUCAGUGUGCAUCAG